CCCUUUUAAACCACGAGAAAUCCCAGAAAUCUGUUCUAAACCACCACCAGAAAAAACCGAUAAGGCUGUUGAUGGUGAGAAAAAAGGGUAUGAUCCUGAACUUGGUGAUGAAUCCGAUGAUGAAUCUAAUGAUGAUUCCGAUGACGAUAUCGGGGGAAUUGCUAUUGCGGGGGGGAAUGCUAUUGCAAUCCAGAGGAUCCUCUUAUGCAAAAAAUGAUGUCGGAGGACUUUGACUCUGAUGAUGAGCGGGAGUUCGCACUCAUGCUUUCUAAUGCUAACAUUACUAUAAAGAUGCCAGAAGUCCCUGCACACAGAGAGACCGUUCAAGAGACUGAUUCAGACGAUGAAGAGAAGACGAAUGAAUUGUUUUGGCAAUACCGAAAACAAGUUGCGGAUAGCAAUGGCUUUGAGGUGGACAAAUAUCCGCUUUUAUCUUCUUAUUUGGGUUUAAUUAGCCCAAUUUCCUGGGUCAACGAGAGCGAAGGCCUACCAAAGCGUAUCGAAAAGCUCUCAAAAAAAGCAAUUCGGCAGUACGAUAGAGAUUAUAAGGUAAAUUAUGACUUUGUGAAGGUUCAGAAGGCAAAUCAGUCGCUUGUUGCUGGUUUUAUCUAUUAUAUUACUUUUGAGGCCAAGGAUGCUAAUGAUGGUGGGUCUAAAAUCUUUCAAGCUGAGGUGUUCGAUGGAAUUGAGAAGACUGAGGUUGUGUCCUGUAGGCCUAAACCUCCUACAUAAUUCAUCAAGGUAAAAUUUAUUCAUUAAUUAGAUUGCAAUAUUGAUAUUAUUUGACUUUGAUUUACUAAAUUUUGAGACUCAAUGUUAAUGUUUUGGUAACACACUAUUCAGCAAUGAAUCGGCUGGUACAUAAAAUUGGCUGUACAUAAGAUUUAGUCAUUAGAACCCAUACAUAAGAUUUAGUUAAUAGUAGUCUGUGUAGAGAAAAUAAUGAAGAUAUUUGUGUCUAGUAGACUAGUUUGUAUAUUUGUUUGCAUUG